AUUCACUUUGUUGUGAAGACGAGUCCAAAAAUAAAGAUGGAUUCAAGUCGUUGGCGGACGAAUCCUAGGCUUAAGAAGCAACCACGGUCUUUGAUCUUGUUUUUCCCUUGCUUCUUGUCACUUUCACGAGGGUACACGGAACCUGAGGGCUGAAUGAGAACAAUCUUCUGCUUGAAGUUCUUUCUUUUUGGGCACGGACGUUUGCCGUGAAUUUUUGUCCCUCAACAGAUCCAGCGUUCGGCGCGCACCAGCGAUUGAAGACCUGGGAAACGGAGCAGAUCAAAAGCGCUUUAUUCACCAUUCGUUAUCAAACGACGCCGCGAAAAGUUGUUGUUCUCAAACGCCGCGUCUCAGAGGCCCCGACGGACUGCUGCAAUCCAAACAUAGAGAAACUUGCGACUAGAGAUAUCGAAUGAUUUCCUUACGGAUUUCAAUACCCUACAGAUUCCUCGAUCAUGAUCCAGGGGAAGCGUGCUGCGGUGUUUAUCGCGCUGGCAACUAUCCUUAGCUUGUUGGUUUAUUAUCGAACGACCAGUUCUGCAAUCACCAUCAGAUCACUACGCAGCAAGGUCCCGCAAGUGGUUGGGCUGGGAGAUUAUUUUGAUGAGGAUGGUGAAUCCGUUCAGGAACCCGUCCAGCUAGGAUCUCGACCGGAAGAUUAUCAACCAUCUUAUACUCCAGAAGACGAUGCCCCGUCCACGCCUGCCGAGUCCGCCACUUUUGGGAGUCCUCCUCCCGGUUCGAAGACUUUCACGCGCAACCUCGUCAUGGCUAGAACGAAGGCGGAGAACGUGAGUUGGCUCGACGAGGUCGAUUUGGGCCCGCACAUCAACAGGAUGAUUUACGUCGCGGACGACCCCAAAGCCCCGUUGCACCCACCCAAGAACAAGGGCCACGAAGUGAUGAACUAUUUGACCUACAUCAUCGACUUCUACGACAACUUGCCGGACGUCAGCAUCUUCAUGCACUCUCACCAGUUUGCCUGGCACAAUGACGACCUGUUGAACUUCGACUCGGGCGAGAUGAUCAAGCGUCUUAGCAGCGAGAGAGUCCAACGUCAAGGGUACAUGAACAUGCGGUGCCACUGGGCACCCGGCUGUCCAGAAUGGAUCCAUCCUGGCCAAAUCGAGCCUGACUCGGAGAAACUGGAACAGUCCCUCAUGGCCGAUGCGUGGGCUGAAUUGUUCCCGGGCAAAGAGAUCCCGAAUGUGCUGGCGCAACCUUGUUGUUCGCAAUUUGCCUUGAGUCGAGAUAAAAUCCAAGAGUUACCCAAGGAAACAUAUUCUCACUUUCGAGAUUGGCUGUUACGAUCGGAGCACCGCGAUACCAUGAGUGGAAGGAUCUUCGAGUACCUGUGGCAGGUCAUGUUUACAGAUCAGAACACUUUUUGCCCAAAUCAGCGGACGUGUUAUUGCGACGGGUUUGGGGUUUGCUUUGAAAACGACGAUACCUACGAGAAAUGGUUUGAAAUCCGAUUUCAUAAACACCAAGCCGAGGCAGAGCUGAGGGCGUGGCAGGAAGCGGCCGACAAGAUCGAACAAUACAGACACGAUGGCGAACUUCUGGAGAUCGAGGCUGGCGAGCUGAAAGUGCCUGAAUACGGCAAAAAAGAAAAGCUAGAGGUGGAAAUUCAAGAGUACGAGGCUGAUCUUGAACAACGUCGCCUAGAGGCUCUUCAGAGGGGUGUCGACGCCAAAACCAGAGCCGAGAGUGAUGGGAGACCAUGGAGCGAAGGCGAUGGGUAUUAAAAUUUGUUUCCUUGUUUCCUCAUUUCGCAGUACAUAACAUUUCCGAAAGGCGUCAGGGCAACAUUGGUAUGAUGUUAGACAGACCACGGGUAUUGAGAUACCCUUUGAUAUAGCUAUGGCGUAAGCGCGAUGGGUUGUUUGGAAUUGAAUACGCCAUGCGAAGGCGUAGUCCUCGGGUCGAUUAGAUCUUUCCACCCCUCCUAAGGGGGUAUUUCGUGUACAUAUGAAUUUGGAC